AAGGAUAAAUUGCGCACUUCCCAUCCAGCCUCACAAAUUUCUGUUUACUCUCUCCGCUAACGUGCGCCAAUACACCCCUAACUCCUCUCUCUCUCUCUCUAAUGGCGACUACACUUCAACUAUUCCGUUUAUGCAUCCGUACAGGUUCCGAUAACUUCGCCGGAAGAUCAGUAGCUAUUCCUUACCGGAAGCCUUUCUCCGUCCGAUGCUCCGGCGAUUCGGCUCAUGUUGCCGCGGACACUGAUAACUUCGACGCGAAGUCUUUCCGACGGAACUUGUCGAAGAGUCAGAAUUAUAAUCGGAAAGGUUUCGGGCACAAGGAGGAAACUCUCGAACUCAUGAACAGAGAGUACACAAGUGAUAUUAUUAAGAAAUUGAAGGAAAGUGGAAACGAGUAUACAUGGGGAAACGUAACGGUAAAAUUGGCCGAAGCUUACGGUUUUUGCUGGGGAGUUGAGAGAGCCGUCCAGAUUGCUUAUGAAGCAAGAAAACAGUUUACAGAUGAAAGAAUUUGGAUUACCAAUGAAAUUAUCCACAACCCUACUGUUAAUAAGCGGUUAGAGGAGAUGGAAGUUAAGAACAUUCCGGUUGAAGGAGGGACAAAAGAUUUCGAUGUGGUGAAUAAGGGCGAUGUCGUGGUUUUGCCUGCUUUCGGAGCUGCAGUCGAUGAGAUGGUGGUUUUGAAUGACAAAAAUGUUCAAAUUGUUGAUACAACUUGUCCUUGGGUAUCUAAGGUAUGGAAUGUAGUAGAUAAGCACAAGAGAGGAGACUACACUUCCAUCAUCCAUGGUAAAUAUGCUCACGAGGAGACAAUCGCAACUGCAUCUUUUGCUGGAACUUAUAUCAUUGUGAAGGAUAUGAAGGAGGCGAUGUAUGUUUGCGACUACAUUCUUGGAGGUGAACUUAAUGGAUCUAGCUCCACUAAGGAGGCGUUUAUGGAGAAAUUUAAGAAUGCUACAUCAGAGGGAUUUGAUCCGGAUCGUGAUCUAGUAAAAGUUGGGAUUGCAAAUCAAACUACAAUGCUGAAGGGAGAGACGGAGGAAAUCGGGAAACUAGUUGAGAGGACAAUGAUGCAAAAAUAUGGAGUAACAAAUGUUGCCGAUCACUUCUUAAGUUUUAACACAAUUUGUGAUGCAACACAAGAGCGACAAGAUGCAAUGUAUAAGUUGGUUGAAGAAGAUCUGGAUCUCAUGUUAGUGGUCGGUGGGUGGAAUUCAAGCAACACGUCACACCUUGAAGAAAUUUCGGAGGACCGUGGGAUCCCUUCAUUUUGGAUCGACAGUGAGCAGAGAAUUGGUCCAGGAAACAGAAUAGCUCACAAAUUGAAACACGGGGAGCUGGUUGAGACAGAAAAUUGGCUACCGGAGGGUCCGAUCACAAUUGGUGUUACAUCUGGUGCCUCUACACCAGAUAAGGUUGUGGAAGAUGCCCUAAUCAAGGUGUUCGACAUAAAACGCGAAGAGGCCUUGCAAGUAGCAUAAGUAUAGGUUCACACAGGUGUGCAUCUCCCCACGAUGGGGGCCUCCUAGAAUCUGAUAGCGGAAUCGAUAUUUAGGGAUCGAUGUAAGCUCACAGUUUCAUAUGCUUACCUGGGAGAACAGUAAUGUAUCAUACUUUUAUAAAUGCCAUUGCUGAAUAUAUAUAUUUGGCAUAUAAUUGCAGAAGUAAUGGUUUAAGCAAAA